ACAAAGUUUGCUCAGCUGACCUUCGCUCGGUUCACUGACUUUUCAAACAAACAUCAGAUUGAAACUGAGUUUCGCGUGACUGUAAAAGGGCUGAACUUGGACUGCAGGAAAAUGGAAAUAACAUUUAGUGGAAAGCGUGCUUUGGUGACUGGAGCUGGCAAAGGGAUCGGACGGGCCACGGCACUGGCUCUGGCACGCUGUGGGUCAGAGGUCACGGCUGUCACACGCACUAAGGCUGACCUGGAUAGCCUAGUGCAUGAGUGUCCCUCCAUUAAGCCGGUGUGUGUGGACCUGUCGGACUGGGACGCCACAGCUCAGGCGCUGAAAGACGUCGGUCCGGUGGAUCUUCUGGUGAACAAUGCAGCCUGCGCUUCUCUUCAGCCCUUCCUAGAAGUCACGCCAGAUCAGUUUGACAUGUCUUUCAGUGUCAACGUGAAAGCUGCACUUCAUGUUGCUCAAAUAGUGGCUCGAGGUAUGAAGGCCAGAGGAACUGGAGGAUCCAUUGUGAACGUCUCGAGUCAAGCCUCACAGUGCGCUCUGAAAGAUCACGCCGUAUACUGUGCCACGAAAGGAGCGCUGGACAUGCUGACCAGAGUGAUGGCACUGGAGUUGGGGCCGCAUCAGAUAAGAGUGAACUCAGUGAACCCGACUGUGGUGAUGACAGAAAUGGGAAAGAUUGGAUGGAGCGACCCAGAAAAGGCCAAGAGCAUGACAUCACGGAUCCCACUGGGCAAAUUUGCAGAAGUGGAGGAUGUGGUCAACUCCAUCCUCUUCCUCCUCAGCGAUAAGAGUGCCAUGACCAAUGGAGUGAUCCUGCCCGUGGACGGGGGGUUUCUGGCUUGCUAA